CCCUGUCUUUGGUCCUCACCCAUGUUACAAGGGAAAGGAACUUUUCUUCUCUACUGUCAGACGAGGGAACAUAGCUGGGAGGUGGGUUCCAGUUCCAAGAUGUCGCAGCCUCUCUGGCUGGCUGCCCUGGUCGCCAUCGCCCAGGCUCAGAUGUCUACGCUGCAGCACAUUAGCCAAGCAGUGGUACCGCUGAUCCGGAAUCGUGAUCUCCUUCCCCUGGACCCAUCGCGGCCUGGGCUGCAAAGCCAGGAUGGAUUCAACAGCACGUUGCCUGUGCUGGUGAGAGUGCAGGGCUUGCCGCGACGUGGGACGCAGCUAAGCGCCGAGAGGCAGCUGGAGGUGGACACUGCCCUGGAGGAGGCGAUGCUGGCUGGCCCCUGGGAGCCUGCCCAGGGGGUCGGCGCCGGGGAGCCUCUUCGCAGCCCUGCCCCACAACUACUACCCUUCUGCUUUGUUUUGGGUGUGGCAAUAGUACUGUAUGCUUUCUGGGCAUGCAGGCUGGCCCCUCCUCACACCUGCCAGGCAGAGUCACCACAGCGCAGGCGGAGAGAAGAGGUGUACAACAUGAGAGGGGCGCGGCUGGCCCUGACUCUCUGCGUGCUGAAAGAUCGGCCGGGUGCGGAGAAGGACAUCGAGGCGCUGAACAAGAUGUAUACGACUUUUGGAUUUCAGAACACGCUGGUCAAGGACCCGACUGCAUCACAAUUCCAGACCGAGCUGGUGCUCUUCCGAGAGCGGAUAGACCAAAUCCGAGACCCGGUCAGCUGCAGCUUCGUGGUCAUCAUGGCGCAUGGGGACAGCGGAGUUGUCACGGCAGCCGAUGGACAGCACGUGAAGCUGGAGGAGCUGUUUGCAGAAAUGACCAACGAGACCUGCCGAGCGCUGCGGGGCAAACCCAAAGUCUUCAUCAUCCAGGCCUGCCGGGGGGGAAAAGGAGACCCAGGUGUGCUUCAAUAUGAUAGGCUUGUAGCUGACUCGAACAACCAGGUCCGUUGCAGGCGGGUUCCUAUACACACCGACUGCCUCUUCGUCUUUUCAUCCAAAAACGGUUAUUACUCAAUUAGAAGUGAAACCACAGGCUCUUGGCUGAUUCAGACCAUGGUGUAUGUCUUCACCAAGUACCCCUGCUUGGACAUCAUAGAGCUAUUCACCAAGGUAAUUAACGAGAUUUCUAAGAGAGAGUUCAUGAUGAAGGAGGAAGAAAAUGAAAGCGAAAUCCGAAAAACUCACCCGGAAAUAAGGUCCACUCUGACAAAAAAGCUCUAUUUGAAGGAGUAAGACUCACAGAUCAGACCCUUGGCCUGUCUAACACAGCUUCUCCUGUCCCGUUGUGCCCAAUGAGACUUUCCACCCAGCUAACCCAGUCUUUGCACCAAUAAUCCUGUACAUCAGACUCUGAGUGCAUCCAGCCACACACUGUAAGCAUCCAGACCCAAAGUCUUCACUAGAGACGAGGUCUCCAGCACUCACAUCUGCCGAGAACCAGAGAAAACGGGGUCAGAGGGUGCCUCUAGCCUAAGUGUGAUUGACACCUGAAUCUGCAGAGAGCGUGAACCGAUUGCUUGGACAGGUGUGAACUACCCAAGUGUGACCAAUGCCUGGAGUGUAACUGACACUGCCUGAGUCUGCCGAGAGCCUGAGCUGAUAGCACGGAGUGGUGUGAACUGCCCCAAGUCUAACUGAGCAGAAAAGUCUGCUGGAGGUAGAGAUUUUAAGGCCAGAAGGGGACACCUGAUCAUCUAGUCUAACUUCCUGUAUAACCCAGGACCAAAAUGGCACCUCAUUACCCAUGCAGUGUGUAGAACUGAUAAAUGACAUUGUUUUUAAUGUUUCACUUUAUCAAUAUAACUUCUGUUCACUGUUUGCCAUAUUGUAAUUCAAACCCCAUUGUAAAACGCUCACUCCAUUUUGUAAAAGCUUCCUCCAACCUUCAGUUUUGCAAACCCUGCUGUAAUCUUAUUAGUUAGUUUAGCUGUGUGACUGAGGUAUGGAUGGAUGAUGGAAUCAACCUCCAGCCCCAGCCUGUCCUGAUGAAACAGAGUUUAAACUCCACUGGCUGAAGAUGCAGACAAGAGCCCUAACAAAGUAAAAAGUGUCCACCCUAAAAAGAAAAGAUACAAUAGAAGGAAGAUCAAAGCCCGGUCCCAGGCUGAAAGUCAGGCCUGCAAUUGACGGCUGAUCAAUCACCAAACCCAGAGGCAGUGACACAGCAAGACCUAUAGACUCUGGAUUCAAACUAAAGCCUACACAAAGGAUGAGUGAGAUGGGAGACGUUGGAGGGUAACAUUCUGCUGCCAACAUGGAAGGACAUCGGUGCAGGCCCAACAGAGACCCAGCUAGUCCUUGUGCCUGGCUUUCCUGGCCAGUUACCGCCACAAGCUACGAACCCAAGCUGCAAAAUCAAGCCACGAACUCAAGCUAUGUCCAGGACUGGUAACUAUGCAACAGUUGGGAACAUCUGACGGGUGUGUGUGUGUGUGUGUAGGUAUUAGGUAUAAUGUGUGUUUAUAAGAUUUAAGAUAUUAGUUAUUGGUCAUAAAUCAGAUUGUUAUUAUAAUAAAUGUGGCAUCUUUGUC